UGUUGGAAUGGGCCACGGCUUUGUUCAGCAGAAGGAGGGGAGGGCUGACGGCUACGGUCGCUAAAAGUGUGAAAUACAAUCUGCCGGGGCGGACUAUCCCGUCUUAUCUCUGAGUUGCUGUUUUGUAACGUAACUAUCAAAUAUUUGCUCCUCCUGGACUCGAAGGAUUUGGUCUAAGGGAUGUCAAAGCGAGUGCGAAGCAGAGAGGUCUGCGCUGAUUGCAGUGCUCCGGAGCCUCGCUGGGCCUCUGUUAACAGGGGUGUGUUGAUCUGCGAUGAGUGCUGCAGCAUCCAUCGCGGUCUUGGGCGACACAGCUCUCAAGUCCGACAUCUGACUCAUUCUCCGUGGCCGUCCUCACAGCUGCAGAUGGUUCAAACACUGUAUGGGAAUGGAGCAAAUUCCAUAUGGGAGCACAGCCUUUUGGAUCCUUCCUCUUCAGUGAGUGGGAAGCGCAAAGCCAACCCACAGGACAGAGUGCAUCCUAAUAAGACAGAGUUCAUCAAGGCAAAAUAUCAGAUGUUGGCGUACGUCCAUCGGAUGCCUUGUCGGGAGGAUGAUAGUGUGACUGCAAAAGACCUCAGCAAGCAACUCCAUUCCAGUGUCCGGACUGGGAACCUGGAGACCUGCCUUAGGCUCUUAUCUUUAGGAGCACAGGCUAACUUCUUUCAUCCGGAGAAAGGAAACACCCCACUACACAUAGCAGCAAAAGCAGGUCAAAUAUUACAAGCAGAACUGUUGGCAGUUUAUGGAGCUGAUCCUGGAGCGCUGGACUCCAGUGGAAACACCCCCAUUGAUUAUGCAAGACAAGCUGGGCAUCAUGAGCUGGCGGAGAGACUCGUGGAGAUCCAGUAUGAACUCACUGACCGGCUAACAUUUUAUCUUUGUGGUCGAAGACCAGAUCACAGGAAUGGGCAGCACUUCAUCAUUCCUCAGAUGGCAGACAGAAAUAACAGCCUGGAUUUGUCAGAGUUUGCAAAAGCUGCAAAGAAGAAAUUACAGUCGCUAAGCAACCAUCAGUUUGAAGAACUGGCCAUGGACGUUUAUGAUGAAGUUGACAGAAGAGAAACGGAUGCAGUGUGGCUGGCCACUCAGAACCACAGCACACUUGUAACAGACACCACAGUUGUGCCUUUUCUGCCCGUCAAUCCUGAGUACUCAUCUACCAGAAACCAGGGUCGUCAGAAAUUGGCAAGGUUUAGUGCUCAUGAAUUUGCCACGCUGGUCAUCGAUAUCCUAACAGAUGCUAAAAGAAGGCAGUGGGGUAAUUCUUGUGAAAGUCCCAAAGAUAAUGUGGAGCUGAUCCUUCAGGGAAUCGACAGUCGCCACAACAGUGAGAGCCAGGAUAAUGACCAGCCAGAUUACGACAGCGUGGCAUCAGAUGAAGAUCCAGUCCAAGAGGCCACAUGUGGGGACAGCUGCAAUGAUGGAAGGACCAAGAGCUCAGAGUCUUCUGACCUGUCUGAUGGACCAAUCACAGUACAAGAAUUUAUGGAGGUGAAGAGCGCCCUCACUGCAUCAGAAGCCAAAAUACAACAGCUUCUCAAAGUCAACUGUCACCUUAGUGAAGAGCUGCGGUUGAUGCAGAGCAAGCUGAGCUCCCUGCAGACAGAGAACACAACACUGCGAUGGCAAACCCCCAGCGGACAGCAACACCUCCAGGGCCCCUUUGGUCGACAGCCACCUCGCGGAGGCCGUGCCAUGUCCAUGUAUGAGACGGGCUCUGCUCCAAGGCAGUACCCCCACCGAGUCGACACGGCUCGGCCUGACGAUGGAGUCAUUUUACAACCCUUCCCUUCCAAUAUUGGUAGGGGUCCUCUGGGGACAGCUGCUUCCUCCCUCCCUACCUUCCCCUCUUCCCUGUCCUGGUCGUGGGAUGAGAGAUCUCGAAGGGGCUGUAGCCUGGAAGGGCAGAGUACAGUGCUGGAGAAUGACUAUGAUGCGACUCCCAAUCACUCUGAACUGGAGGAGAGUGGAAGCCCUCUAGCAGCCUCUGAAGGAGCCCAACAGGAGGAGGAGGGUGAGGAAGAUGCCGCCCUGCCUUGCACGGAGGAUGUCAUCUGUAAGACAGAGCAGAUCACUAAGAAUAUACAGGAACUUCUGAGAGCUGCCCAGGAGACCAAACAUGAAAGCUUUCUGCCUUGCUCUGAAAAAAUCUGCAUGGCCGUGACAGAGAUGGCUGCCCUGUUUCCCAAGAGGCCGUCCUCAGAGACUGUGCGAGGGUCUCUGUGUCUGCUGACUUCGAGCGCUAGCCGGCUUCACGGAGAGUGCCAGAAGGCCGCAGAACACAGCCUCGGCCCAUCGGACAUCCAGCUGGUCACUCAGCAGGUCAUUCAGUGCGCCUAUGACAUAGCCAAAGCUGCCAAACAACUCGUUACUGUGACAACCAAAGAAAACAACAACUAACUAAAUUCCAAAAAAUGUUCCUGAUGCACCAAACGUACAGCAUAUAAAUGAUGUUAAUCAGUGUUUUCCUUUUUUCAUUUUUCCCUUAUUAAAUCGGUGUAAGCUUUUGGAUACAUUCCUGGAGAUCGAGGGGGGAAAAUAGAUAACAUGCAAAAUCAUGGAUCAAUCAACAGCUAUAUUUAUUUUGUUUUUAUACCAUAGUAAUAAAAACAUAUACAAACGCAGGGGAAAAAAACUAACUGUUCUUUACCUCACAGAGUUGAUCUAUUCAGUUUCCAGAAGUGUACUGUUGCCUGUGCAUAUAAAAGCAAACACUUUUACAUUCCUCUGUAGUAUUUUAGAGGACACCAUGGGUCAUUAGUUGUGCUCCUUGAGGUCUACUUUCUGGUACUCAGAGAGGACCAAAAAUCUUACCUAGCAACAAGGAUGAGAACAGAUGAACUACUCCAGUUACAUAGAUGUUUUUUUUUUUCUUUUAGGAGGCAAUGACAGUAUUUUAAUCUUGAAUCAUUGUGGUGUCGCUUGCUUACAGUUCAAAUGUUUGUUUAGUAAGCCAACUGUGAUUAUAAAAGCAGCUUCAGUAUAUUGAGCACUGUGUGAAAGUGUGCAGAGUUUCAGUCCAUCCAGCAGCUCCAGCAGUUUCAGUCCAUCUGCUGGUUGAAAAUGUGUUCAUAAGUAAACUAUCAAUAGGUUUUUUUUUUGGUUUUUUGGAGUUAUAAUGUUACAGCCAUACUUUUGAUGUUCUGUGCGUGUGCGGGCGUGUGUGUGUGCGUAAGCGAUGGCCUCAGUGGCCUGUGUGAAAUACAUUUUGAAUCAAUUUUACUAGCAAUUAUGCAAAUAUGUAAGAUGUAUGUAUCCAUGUAAUUCUUUAUCAGAAUAAUCCAAAUGCUAUUCUAUUUAUAAAUUGUAUGUCAUACCUCUAAGAAAAUGUCAGCGUUUAUUUUCAUAAGCUUUGGUUUAACAUGAUGCUCCACGCAGGCUAACGUUUUGUUCUGAGGUCUGGGAUGUCUCAGCUGGCAGUUAGUUAUAGGAAAUGUGUGAUCUGUUUAUUUUAGUGUGGUGUUGUAACUCCAGUGUUUUAGAUGCUUCCUGUGGUCAAAUAUGUACUGCCAUGGCUUACAGUCAAUGAUAAUGUAACUGUACCCUCAGUUCUAGAAUACCUGUUGUAGAAUGUGGGUCUAAUGUGACACUCAUUGUGAGCCAGAUGUGUUUGAACCAGGGGUGGAAGGAGAACCGAAAUACGCUGCACAGGUGGACAGCCGGGUCGCACUCUUGUCGUAUUGUAGCGUCGUUACCGUGCAAUGUAAAGUGUAAUGUAAUUGGUGCUAGAUAAAGACAAAAAUUUAUUUAUCAUUAUUUCAGUUACUUAAAUAGGACUACCUGUUAGAAUGUGUUAAAGAAAAUCACAGUGCAGAAGAGUUAAGUCUAAGGAGCCUCUUCAGCUGUAACCAUUUCAUUUCUAUCUAAAACUGCUUUCUUAGGUGGCUGGUUGAGGAUUAAAAAGACAUUAAAAACAUCCUUAAGGCAUCUUCAGUGUGCAUGAAUACACUGUUGAUCUCUUGUUUCUUAAGUCUUCUUAGAUUAAUUUUUGCCAAAAAUAUUAAACCAUUUGUCAAGGUCCACUUACUGUAUGCUAUAGUUUUCACUCGCAUCUCAUGAUCCAGAGGUUUGUUCAUGUCAUGGAGAUCACUUUGAAUUUUCUUAAUACCUUGAGAGUAAUUACUUAGAUUUUAGUUUUAUUCCACUUAAGGUUCCAAAGCAGGGGUGUCAAACUCGUUUUAGUCUGUGGGCCACAUAAACUCCUAAAUUAUGCAUUUAAUAAACCAUCCAAUUACAAGACUGAUGAUGACCUGCCUGAGAUACUUUAAGAAACUGCUGCUGCUACUUUCGGAUACUCCCUUAUUCACAAGGGGUCGCCACAGCGGGUAGCGCCAUAUGUUUGAUUUUGGCAGAUGCCGGAUGUCCUUCCUGAUGCAAUCCCUAAGGGAUUUGUGUCUCUUCCCAGGAUCAAAUUGGGGAUAUUUUGCUUGUUGGGUUAAUAUGUAAACCAGUACACCAAGAAAGAUAUGUGCAAUUUUAAUAGUAUGUCUCAGUUUUACUACAUUAUAAAGAAUUGUAAAUCAGAGAAACUCAUCAGCACAGCUCUCUGGGCAGACGCUUAAAUAAAUAAAUGCAUAAUUACAGAAAAAAAACACUGAUGGCUCAUUAUCCGGACUUUGACCUGCAAUUAAAAACUGGCAUUUUCUGUUAAUUCACAGAAAAUGUGCCAUUUUUAGUCAGGAGCCACUGUAAAAAUAGGAAAUUUGACAGUCAAUAGUAGAAAAAAAACUGAAACCGGCAUUUAAUGGAAUACUAAGUAUUUAAAAAACAAAAAAAACAAACAGUUUUUGUCUUUUAAUAGUUUUUGUAUUAAGUAUGGCAGGCCAUGAGUGAUAUCUUUGUUAUUAAGAAGACUAUAAAACUGAUGAAAAUAGUGUUAAAAGUGCGUUUUCACAUUUUCCUAAGUGGACCUGAUUAGACCCUUUGGCGGCUGGUUCUGGCCCCCGGGUUGUAUGUUUGACACCCCUGUCUUAAAGGAAGACGAUGCAGGUUGUUAAAUCUUACCGAAUGAGGCUAUUUUUGGGAAAUAUCACUGCCAUUCAUCUUUUAAAAACCAGCACUUGAUUUUAGACCAGAUAUCCUGUUUCGGCCUUGAAAAUGACGCUAAAUUUAACGCACAAUGCAAUUUAAGCACUCUGUAUUAAAACCUAUUCCAGUAUCAAAGCGAAAGUAUGGCUUUUUUUAGCCUGUGUGCCACUUUUUUUUUUCCUUUUUUUUUUUUUUAACAGCACACAAACUACUGACUUAAUAAUGCACGUAUUCAGUUACUUCCACCCUGGAGGCAAACCUGUCAUUUAACUCCCUGUAACUUAAAACCUGUCCUACCUGUGGUUGAAAUCAAUCCCUGCCUUAGGUAUAAUAAAGUCUAACUCAUACCUCA